GGAAAGUUGAUGUCCACUGCCUGCCAGGACACAAACGCGUACACAUGGGAUGUUGCUGCGAUUGUUACAGAAGCCGGCCUCGACGACCUACUUUUGAGUUCAAAGGCCAACAAGUCGGUACUCCAUGCUACUGCUACACGACCUUCAGUGCAACGACGUCUGCCUAAUCAUCGGAUACCCCAAGGUUUCUUUGAUGGUGUCCCACCAGAUCGCUCCCAUUCCUCCGCACGAGACCAUCCCCACUCCUCAGUACCACCAGGCAGCACAUUUCUUGGUCGUUUAUUCCACCGGUUGAACCGCAGUCCCUCCAGUGCCCAUACUACGUCGCCAUCCUCUCCUCUCGAAUGGGCUCGAAACAUUAUGAAGCGGCGCGUACGACGUGAUGAGGGUAUCAAAGUUCAAGGGUGCAGCCCUGCGGUUGUCGAGGUUCCGUAUGCGAAGGGCAAGCGUAGAAAUGCUUGCGCGAGGGAGAAACGAAAAAGACUAUUCCCCCAAAAGAAUCCUACUGCAAGUAGUUCGCGGCCUCCAAAGCCCAAUAUCACCCAGCCAUCUUCGCAACCACAGGCAGCUAACUCCUUGUCGUCCACCACAUCUGCCGUCGGCAAUGUCACUGCAAUAGCCGCGACUUCGACACCCUCACGCCCAGAUGCGACGAUAAGGCAGGCAGGACUUUGGACUCGCUUCUGGCUCUUUCUUGGUUGUCUCUCUCCUGAAUACACGGUCGGUCAUCAGUAGAUCUUCUUUUUCAUUUCAAUAUACCCGCUCGUCUGCUCGCUUUUCCUGGGGCAGCUGAUUGCAUAGCAUCAGUCCACUCUUCCUCUACUUCAAAAGCCCCCAAUUCACUUACUUUCCCUCCCGCUGCUAAUGAUAUUGCCAUAGUAGACACUGCUCCUCGUGCUUAUCUCGACGUAUACAAUGCACGCAAUAAUGUCCCUCACGCACAUCGCGAUAUCCUCCUCGUCAUCGGCUACCCCAGACUCGUUCCCUACUACCUUCCUAGGUUCUUGCUGCAUCGCAUAGAUUAAAUUCUUCUCCUACAUCAGAGGUGGAGGAUCUCUGUUUCAAAUCUCACGGACGAGCUUUACAAUGAAAUACGCACGCGU